UGGGGCGCAAGAUGAUGCCGGACCGACACGCACGGGGUAACAGCUGUACAUAAGUAUACACCUUCAGAAACAAUCACUGGAAUCAGCUUUGAUUCUCUAGAGGGCUUGCACACCACCAGUGAAGAAGAUAUGCUGGACGCCAACGUCUCCAAGACACUGCGCCAAAGCAAUUGCACAAAUAAUUCCAGUUGUGGAUAUGCAUCAGUUGGAUUUCCUAUAACUAUGAUGAUCACCGGAAUGGUGGGCAACUCGUUAGCUCUUAUCCUGGUGUGCAUCUCCUACAGAAAGAAGGAAAAUAAAAGGAAAAAGUCCUUCUUGCUUUGCAUUGGAUCUCUGGCGCUGACAGACCUGUUUGGGCAGCUUUUGACAAGUCCAAUUGUGAUUUCAGUUUACCAAAGUGGUAUGGAUUGGGAUCGCAUCGACAAAUCUGGCAAGUUAUGCGCCUUUUUUGGCGUGUGCAUGACAACUUUUGGCCUGUGCGCUCUCUUCAUGGCGAGUGCCAUGGCGAUCGAAAGGGCCUUGGCUAUAACUAAUCCGCACUGGUACUCGAAUCACAUGAAGACAAGUGUGACAAAGCAGAUUUUAGCUGUUAUAUGGGGUCUUGUUUUGCUGUUUGCUCUGCUGCCAGUAGCAGGGGUCGGGGACUACACGCAGCAGUGGCCGGGCACCUGGUGCUUCAUCAGCACGGUUGAUGCCGAAGUCCCGGGGAAUAGAUUCUUCUCCACCACUUUUGCCAUACUCGGGAUUUCGGCUCUACUUAUAACUCUUUUCUGCAAUGUGGUGACGAUCCGGGGCGUAGUUACCCGGUGUAAAACAAAAUCAGGCACUUCUCAGUCUUCAAAGCAGUGGGAACGGCUCACCACGGAGACCGUCAUCCAGUUGUUAGGGAUUAUGUGCGUCCUGCUUAUAUGCUGGUCUCCUCUGCUGGUGCUGAUGCUGAGGAUGAUCUCCACCCAGGUCUCGUCCGAUCAGUGUAAUUCAAAGGGAGCAUCAAACCGCACCUCCAAUCAGGAUUUCCAUCUAGAUUGCAACUUCUUUCUGACGGCGAUACGCUUGGCCUCCCUCAACCAGAUCCUGGACCCGUGGGUCUAUCUGCUUCUCAGGGAGAUCCUCCUGCGCAAGUUCUGCAUCAUGGCUAAUGCUGUCUCCAACUGCUCUUCAGAGGAUCAGAAAGAGACGCAUACAGCUCUUAACAAACAGAACCAAGAAACAAAACCUUCUUAACGCCCUCCUCUAAAAUUAAUCCAGCCUUGCGCAGUAAUUCCUAUCUUGUGAUUCUGAAGCCAGGAGGGCUUUCUAUCAGGAUAAUGAAACAGGCAAAAGAGUGAGAAUGGAUUUCUGCCCAUGACAGGAUAUUGUGCAGCAGGAGCCAGUGUAGCCUCUGUUGCACUGAUACUGAAAUGAAAACUAUCUUCUGAACAUUCGUUUUGCAUAUAGCACAUUCCAUUCAAAGCCACCUAACCAGCAUGCGGACGCAUGACCGUGUCAUCUCAUGCAACAGGCUGCUGUGCAGUUACCAGGAACUCUAUUGUCACCCGUUUUCAUUUUUAAAAGCAAACUCAGUAUUUCAGUAUUGGGGCAUUCAAACUGACUCACGUGGAAGUGCUGAAUCUCAUGCUCACUGCGUUCUGUAACUUGAAGCCAUAAGCUAACUAAAAGACAAAUGUUUCUUGUGAAUGUCUGUGAGUGAAGGUACUGUAACUUGCUUAAAUUAAGAUGUACAUAUCUUUGGCAUCUCUUACAUGAAAUGUAACCACUUGUUUGAAAACUGAAAGGAGCAACUAAAGGAAAAUUCCAAACUGGAGCCAGUUGUAAAUAACAUUAUUUAUUAGUCUCUAUGAUAUUUGCUGUUUCUGUGCUGAAUGCCGAUAAUGCUACCUGCCUGGUAUCCGUUGUAUAGGCUAUACUUUGUAAAGUUUAUUGUAUAGUUUAGCUGUACAUGGUGUUCCUAGGGGAACAGCUGGGUCUACGACAAUGUGAACUUUUAAAGUUUUUUUCUCCUGUAUGUGAAAUGCACAGGGAGACAGUUCGUAACUGUCCCGAACCAUCCUUUUGAAAUAUGUUGAAGGCAAGUCAUAUGAAACGAAUGCCCACAUCUGGAGGUGUUUCACUGGAUUAAAGGGUUUUAAUGAUCUGCGAGAACACAAGGUGUAACGACGAAUGUGCCUAAUUUCACUAGCCAAACCUGUUUGGACAAAAAAGAAAAGAAAGAUUGUUAUAGAUUUUAACCAGUUACAUCAAUGAAAGUAUAGACUGGUGAUCAUCAUCAAGAACAGUGGUGCAAUGAACACAGUCAAUGUCAAAAUGUUCAAAACCCCACAAAGUGUAACAAACUCCUAAACAGUUUAUUUGAAGCUGCUUGCACAGCAGGCUGCCAUCAGUCGUUAAUGAUGUGAGCCGGUCACAUGAAUGCACCUUUGCUGCUACUUGUGAAUUUUUGCUGCAGGCACGUGAUUUCGACAUGUUUUUAGCCGUGUGAUAUAUGCCUUUCAUUCACUGGUGGGUUUCUUGGAUACUGUGGACAGCCCCAUUUGUAUUCCACCAUUGUUUCUUAGCAUCCACUAUAUUUUGUCAUUACAGCCCCAAUCCUACCCCUAAAUAGGUAUUAAUUAUUAAUUCCCUUUAAUGUGUAUAGUGCAUUUUUUCCCCUGAGGUCUCAGAUGAAGUCAGUGUCAUUUCUAAUGAGGUGGUUUGCUUCUAGUGCCACCAGAAUAAAUGUUGAUGCUGCUGUUAGAAAAAACCAUGGGCAUGGUGGUGUAAUUAUCUUACGCCACCAUAUUUAUGUUAUUUUUUGUACUUGUUUUUGUACAUACUGUUAAUGUUUGACAGCCUCGAGACCCGGCUCAUUCGCUGUCAUGGUAACCUUCAGGCUACGGGGCAAAUUCUUGUCACAACUCUGCCUUCUCAGCAUAUCAGCCAACUAGAUUAGGCUGAUGUACUCUCAUCUCUGCCAUGUCUGGUUUUGCCUUUGCCUUUCAGCUGCGAGAAUGCACACAGGCUCAGUGGUAAUGAUCCGAUCGGAAAUUGUUGUCUGCAAAAAGCCAUGUGAAAAAUGAGCUUUUUCUCUUUGCUCGUAUCUGUUCAUCUGAGAUUGAGUUUAUCUUGUGUUAGUUGUGAAGGCUGAGUGCCUUACACUCAAAGGAUUAACCUCGUUUGUUGUGUGAAAAAGGUGUCCCAGGGAACAAAACCUCUUUCAGGAGAGCAUUGCACAGAGUGUUGCUGGCUACAUUUGGCUGAAUUUCACAUAUAACACCUAAGUGUUGUUACGCAGACACGAGUGGGUUUUAUUUUAACGAAGCCUUCACAAACUGAGAAAAUAUUGACAGCACAUGCUGUCAAGAAUUUAUCAGGGUAUUAAAUUUGCAUCCCCACAGUAUAAAACAAAAUGAAAUAAUAAUUACUUAUUUAAACACUAUUUUAACCCGACCUAAUGGCCCAGUAAAAGCCUGAACAACAUUUACAAGGAGUCCUCUCUGGCUUUCUGGAUGGUAGCUAUGUCCUAUGAAAUAUGAAUGUUAAUUCGUUUCCAGGAUGGUACAAAGUAAUAUGAGGCCUCCAAGAUCUAAUAUUUGAAGCCAAUAACAGCAAAUUUUGGGAUUUAUUAAGAGGUGUGCACAUUAUUUCAUAGUACUAUCCAAAUUGUGCAUUAAUCACUUUAAGACAAACCCAGUACCAAUGCUAUUAAUGGACUAUUGAAUUUAGUUUUAACCAUUUACUUAAACUGCAUUCAUCUGUGUCAGCACCUUUUUGAGCACACUGGUGUAACCUCCUCUAGCAUCACAGGGAAGCUAUGGUUGUGCAGUGACUUAAAAGAAAAAGAAAAACCUGCAGAACACAGCGAUGCCAGCGACUCCACUUAGCCGAGUCGAUAAAGCUUGGAAGUGAUUUACUGAUUGCCACUCGAGCUUUAUGUCUAUGUCUGUGAUUUCAAGAUAAGAAGAGGCUGUCUCUAAAACCGUUUGCUUGAUCGACAUUUUGCACUUAAACUUGCUUGGAAUUGCAAUAUUUCCUUGGAAAUCAUUAAGGAUCACUUUUUAUCAUUGUGGUAAUCAUUUUCUUUCCCCUCCUUUCUGAAACAACUAUAAAUCUCCUCAAGAAUCACGUUUAGUCACCCUGUAAAAGUCAACUGUGUUUUUUCUUUUUCCAUGUUUGCCGUUCAAGAAAGAAUGAUGUGACUUGGAUCAGACUUUCUUGAUUUUCUUGUUUUUGUUUGUAUGAAGAAAUGGCAGAUUUCAUGUAAAGGUGUAAAGAGCAGGUCACUGGUGAUGUAAACUACUUACCGUUAAAAGGCAAGAAACAAGAGGUACGUGAGGAAAAUGCUCCUCGAGUCUGUUAAAGAAGCACACAGUGGUGUCAUGUAUGCGCACAGUUCAAUAGAAAGAGGUCUGGCCCACCAGCCAGGUUUCUCUAAUGAAUGUAAAUAAGUACUGUUAAAGGUACACGUCCUCAUAUUUUCCUCCCAUGCUGCUGCUUUUGAAUGUUAUUUGAGAACUCUGUGCGCUCUGACUGAAGUUUCACUAAAUUCUUAUAAACUCUGAGACCCGAUUCUCAGACGAGGGCUAUCUGCAAACUUUCACACAGCGACUUUGGCAGUGCGCUUGUGAUUUUCAUCCUGGGGUCAGGUGGGGAAUGCUGUGACCUCUACAGCUUUGUGUUUUGGGGGUUUUUUCUGUCAAAGAUAAAGUUAUGAUUAUAUGUACUUGAUUUGUAUCAGUUCAGCUUUUAAUGCACUUUCAAAUCAUUCUGUUUCACUGCUUCAGGCUGAAUAUAACUGUGUUAUUCGAUUUUAAAUAAUAAGUCAUUCAUUGUCACACCAAUUAAAGCAGCCUGUGAAAUGUGAAGUGGUAAUAAACUGCAAUUAGUCUGAGCCAAA